GCCCCCUGAUGUUGCGCAACAAGCAGGACAAAAAGUCACUAUUUUUCUCCGCCACAACAUUCCUGCUGCUUUUUUUCCCUCUUCGUUUCUUUCAAGCAUGCAUCCAUGCUGGCCCAAGCGUGCAGCAGUGCUGCUGCUGCUGCUGGUGUGCGCCUCAGCGGACACGUCACCUCCAGCUGAGGUCUUCCUCAACAAUGGCACUCUGUUUGCGGCCUGUAAGAUGAGACCCAGCUCCUCGCUGGCCCAGGGGUUGCCCAAAGUCUACGGCCAGGUCCUGUUCAAGCAGGAUUACCCCCAGGGGAAGCUCAAAGUCCUCCUGCGCUUCAACGGCUUCCCCGAGGGCAGCCAGCCCCGGGCCGUGCACAUCCACCAGUAUGGAGACCUGCAGCGCGGGUGCGAGUCCACGGGGGGGCACUACAACCCUGGAGGGGUUUCUCACCCCAACCACCCGGGAGACUUUGGACACUUUGUGCCCCAGCUGGGCAGAAUCCAUGCCACGUUCGAGUCCGAGGCCACACUGUUCGGGGCCGUGUCUGCGCUGGGGAGAUCGGUGGUGGUCCAUGAGCGGUGGGACGACUUUGGACGGGGGGGGGACGCUGGAAGUCUGCUGCACGGGAACGCGGGGCGCAGGCUGGGCUGCUGCGUUAUUGGCAUGACCACACCCCAGCUCUGGAAUGUCUACUUCCAGCAGAUCAGCAGGCGCAGAGUCUAACCAUUAUUCAUAGUGAUCCUACACUUAGUCUAAGUCAGGGGUCACCAACGUGGUGCCCGCGGGCACCAGGUCGCCCGUAAGGACCAGAUGAGUAGCCCGCUGGCCUGUUCUAAAAAUAGCAGCACUUACCAGUGAGCUGCCUCGAUUUUUUGAAUUGGAUUUAUUUACCAGCAAGCUGGUCUCGCUUUGCCCGACAUUUUUAAUUCUAAGAGAGACAAAACUCAAAUAGAAAAUAUUUUAAAGACUUGGUCUUCACUUGUUUAAAUAAAUUCAUUCAUUUUUUUACUUUGCUUCUUAUAACUUUCAGAAAGACAAUUUUAGAGAAAAAAUACAACAUUAAAAAGGAUUUUAGGAUUUUUAAACACAUAUACCUUUUUACCUUUUAAAUUCCCUCCUCUUCUUUCCUGACAAUUUAAAUCAAUGUUCAAGUA